UGCCUGGCGGUCGCCUGGUAACCGGUCGCGGCAGUCCUGGCAGCUACCACGCAGGGCGCGUAAAUCUGUGGGCUGGACCCCACGUUGGGCUCUUUCUGUUUGUCCCACGAUGGCGGCCGCGGCGGCCGUGGUCACGCUGUCGGGUUUAGAGGAUGGGGUGUCUCGGUCCCGUGGCGAAGGGGCUGGGGACGUGGUCGUGGAGCGUGGCCCCGGCGCGGCCUACCACAUGUUCGUAGUGAUGGAGGACCUGGUGGAGAAGCUGAAGUUGCUCCGCUAUGAGGAGGAACUCCUGCGGAAGAACAACCUGAAGCCCCCGUCCAGACACUAUUUUGCACUGCCUACCAAUCCUGGGGAACAGUUCUACAUGUUUUGCACUCUUGCUGCUUGGUUGAUUAACAAAGCAGGACGGCCCUUUGAGCAGCCUCAGGAAUAUGAUGACCCUAAUGCAACAAUAUCUAACAUAUUAUCUGAGCUUCGAUCAUUUGGGAGAACUGCAGAUUUUCCUCCUUCAAAAUUAAAGUCAGGUUGUGGAGAGCAUGUAUGCUAUGUUCUUGACUGUUUAGCCGAAGAAGCAUUAAAAUAUAUUGGUUUCACUUGGAAAAGACCAACAUAUCCAGUGGAAGAAUUAGAAGAAGAAACUGUUCCAGAAGAUGAUGCAGAAUUAAUGUUAAAUAAAGUGGAUGAAGAAUUUGUGGAAGAAGAGACAGACAAUGAAGAAAAUUUUAUUGAUCUUAAUGUUCUAAAAGCCCAGACCUAUCGCUUGGAUAUGAACGAGUCUGCCAAACAAGAAGAUAUUUUAGAAUCCACAACAGAUGCUGCAGAAUGGAGUCUAGAAGUGGAGCGUGUACUACCCCAGCUGAAAGUCACGAUUCGGACUGACAAUAAGGAUUGGAGAAUCCAUGUUGACCAAAUGCACCAGCACAAAAGUGGAAUCGAAUCUGCUCUAAAAGAGACCAAGGGAUUUUUGGACAAACUCCAUAAUGAAAUUAGUAGGACCCUGGAAAAGAUCGGCAGCCGAGAAAAGUACAUCAACAAUCAGCUUGAGCCCUUGGUUCAAGACUACCGUGCCGCUCAAGCUCAGCUGAGUGAGGCAAAGGAGCGAUACCAGCAAGGAAAUGGCGGAGUGACCGAGAGGACGAGACUGCUGUCUGAGGUUACCGAAGAACUAGAAAAGGUAAAGCAGGAAAUGGAAGAAAAAGGUAGCAGUAUGACUGAUGGUGCUCCCUUGGUGAAGAUCAAACAGAGCUUAACAAAGCUGAAGCAGGAAACCGUUCAGAUGGACAUCCGAAUCGGCGUUGUGGAGCACACACUGCUCCAGUCGAAGCUGAAGGAGAAGUCCAACAUGACUAGGGACAUGCAUGCGACAGUCAUCCCAGAGUCUGCGAUGGGGGCCUAUUAAACACCCUGGGUGUUCCUGUGUGCUUCUCAUUAGCUGGGUUUUUACAUCAGAUCAUAUGUCAAAGCACAAUUAUACCUCUAAAAGCGUGUUCAAUGGGUAUUUUUAUAUACACACACAUAUUGUAUCAUGGUGAUUGUGAAUGGUUAAAGCCUUUAAAAGAAUAUAAUAUUUAAUAAAGUAAUUAAAAAUUUUCACUUUCAAAGAAGCUUUCACUAAUCAUUACAUAUGUUAAAUGUAAGGUAACCCCCCCCCCCAGUUGUUCCUUUUUCUUCUUGUUCUUUAUGUGAGCUAGUGUGUGACCCCUCCCUUCUGGAGGUUUGGCUGCUGGUCUUACCAUGCAGACCUUUGCACAGGCCUGGCCACCUUUAGUUCUGUCCACUCUGCAGGGAUUACAGGGCUUCUGCACCUACAGGCAGCUAACCGUGACUGCAGAUUUCUUCCAAGAACCCAGACUGCCAUUGCAUCAGCUUUAUGGUUACCUGAAAUUACAUUUCAAAAAAAGAAAGCAUAAGAGAAAACUUCACUGUCCUUAUUAACAUUUGAAGUUUUAUUAUUUACCAUGAGUAUUUCAUAACUAAAAUGAUUUUGUAUUUUCUAUGAUUUAAGGCCAGCUAAUAAGUAAAUAAAUAUUUCAGUCAUGUUCACUCUGCUCCUGUAGUGACAAGAAGGUUAGAUCCAUGUCUCAGUUCUACAUUUUUCUGUGCCAUUGAUAAUACUAAGGAGUCCUUUUGUAGGAGGAGUGAGAGCAAGCCCGUGCAGACCAGUGUCCUGGUACUGGUGAGGGAUGCAUGCCCAUCUGGCCACACAGCCUGUGGACCCAGAUCUCUAAGUGGUAAAACAGGAAACAGAGAGCAGAUUUACGACCAGGGGAAUGUGGUGCAGGAGCACUAACCAGAAGACAGUCCACAUUUAUUUUUGUAUAAGUUUGUUGGUAAAUUUUGAUAAGGAUACUUUAUAUAGAACAACAAAAAUAAUAAAAUCCAU